GGGUGCGACUGCCGCUCGGGUCCGGCUGGGCGCUGGACGCGUUGAGUGCGCUCUCCCUGCCGCUGACCGUCUGCGCAAACUGCCCCUUCCCUGUGCCCAGCGGGAAGGACAUGAGUGUUCCUGGGCCGACGUCCCCGGACGGGGCGCUGGCAGGGCCACCGCACGGCCUGGGGCCCGGGGAGCCGACGCCGGGUUUAAGUGACACUUCACCAGAUGAAGGAUUACUAGAGGACUUGACUGUAGAAGACAAAGCUGUGGAGCAGCUGGCAGAAGGAUUGCUUUCUCACUACUUGCCAGAUCUGCAGAGAUCAAAACAAGCUCUUCAGGAACUCACACAGAACCAAGUUGUAUUACUAGACACACUGGAACAAGAGAUUUCAAAAUUUAAAGAAUGUCAUUCUAUGUUGGAUAUUAAUGCUUUGUUCACUGAAGCCAAACACUAUCAUGCCAAGUUGGUGAAUAUAAGAAAAGAGAUGCUGAUGCUUCAUGAAAAGACAUCAAAGCUAAAAAAAAGAGCACUUAAACUACAGCAGAAGAGGCAGAAAGAAGAGUUGGAGAGGGAGCAGCAACGCGAGAAGGAAUUUGAAAGAGAAAAGCAGUUGACUGCCAAACUAGCUAAGAGGACGUGAGAAACUGAGCGUGUCUGUGUGCUCUCCCUUCCCUGUCCCAUGUGCCAGUGUCCAGGGUGGCAUCAGUGGAGACGGAGGGAAGGUAGUGCCUUAUGUCACUGUCUCACAUUUUGCAGUGCUUUCCCCAGGACUGCGGCUCUGUAACUUUGUUUCUGCAUUCAAGAAGUUUGUCCCCCAGGUAGGAGACAUAAUGCCACUCGGUUGAAUAUUUUUAUGUAAUUUUCCAACUUCUGCGUAGUUUUCAAAUUCAUUAUUUUGGCCUUGAAUGAUUUAUAAACUGGAAAAUGGUCUAGACUCUAAGCGAUUGAAGACUAGGAUGAAUUUUUUGACAUCUUGAUAAGUAUGGAUUUAAAAGAUUCAAUUUCUUAUUUAUGAAAGGACUUGCCUUUCUGGCAACACAGUGCUAGUUUUUGGUAAUUGCCUUUUCAUUGCUUUGUUAAGAAGAAAUGCUAACUGUUUAUUCACAUAUGCCAUUGGAAAAGAGGUGGUAUAAGCCUUUGUGAAGAACAUGAUGGAGACAUGUGUACAUAGCAAAUAAUAGCAUCUUAGACAUUGGGCAUAUGGGCAGGAUUCCAGAUAGAUCUUGCUGAUUGUCUGCUCUGUUUCCUGAUGUGGUUGCUCUUUUGUUCUCCUGUGUUCUCUGGGCUCAAAGUAGAUGAUCCUUACCCUUAGUGUUUGGCAGGGGUGAUAGAACUGUCACACACUCAGAUGUGCUUCAGUAUUUAUAAUACUUAAGUCAUCACACACUGAGAUACAGUUGAAAAAUUGAUAUGAGUUCAACUUUACAAAUGGGAGGUCUAAUCGCUAGUUCUGUCUAUCCUCUGGUUUGCUGUGUGGCCUUCCAUGUGGUUACUUUUUCUGUGCUUUUAAAAAAAUUUGUAAAGUAGAAUGAUAUCUAUACCAACUACCCAUUUUAUAGACCACGAUAAGAAUGGUGGAAAAUUAGCAAAUAGCUUCUUCAGAAAAGAGGCAGCAUGAUACUUUUAGUAUUUUCUACAUUUUUCCCUCAGUAUUUUCACUAGAAACUUAUGUGAGGCAAAUAUUACAUGAAAUUUUAUUUUUUAAGAUCGAGAGUAUAUUAUUCGUUGUUUUAGUAUUAUUUAAUAUCCAAGUGGUCUCCAGUGUCUAUUACAUAGAGACUGUACAGAGCCUAUAAAUAAGGGUGUAGGCUUAGAAUGUGUAUCUUUUAUACUCUACAUUACAUUUUUGGUAAGCUGGAAUUACUACCUCUGAUCUUGUAUCAGGCUAAUUAACCAUAGAGAGGGCAUUAGAUUUAAGCUGACUGCUUAAGACUGAUCUGUUUAAAGAUUUAAACAGUUUGUUGGAAAGCCGGUCCCUUUAAUGAGUGAAUUACGAUCUCUCAAUUUACUUGACUUUACCUGAUAUUUAAGAAUAUAAAUAUAUUUAAAAGGCUACAUUUGUCCUCAAACAAUAGCUAAAACUUGCCUAGGGCAGGGUUCAUUAGCACUUGCAGGACAAUGUCACCUCAAUCACCGAAUGUACUCAUUUAUAAAGGCUGUGCAUUAUUUCUUUGAGUGGUUUAUGGGCCAGCUGCAAGGACUAUUUAAAAUACGGUUUCUGGACACCACUCUCAAUCUAACUGAAGCAAAUCUGUUUGUUUGUUUUGUCUCUCUUUUUAAGUUUCCCUAAGUGAUUCUAAUGUACCUUAAAAGUUGAGACCCACUGGUCUAGUGGUGUAGGUCAGAGGUUCCCACGCCAGGCUGUGUACCAUUAUUACCCGGGAACUUUAAAAAAAAAAAAAGAACAAAACAGUCAUUCUGGAAGAUUGUUUCUCAUUAGUUCUGAGGUGAGGCCCAUGCAGAUUUUACCCACAUAAUUCUAAUGCCAGGAACUCCCCAUCUAUACUGUCUAUAUUUGUAAGGAAUGAAAUAGUUUAAAAACUACCCAGUAAUCCUUGGGAUUAAUCUUAUGAAAUGAAUUCUGAACCACUACUUUUGAUAUAAAGUCAGAUUUAAGAUUGAAAUAGAUAGCAGGCAGGAAAUAGAUAUAGAAUUCUGGUUAAUUAAUUGAAUUUUUGUGAUCUGUAUUAAAAUAAAUCAUGUUUAUUGAAGGAGUGGCAAGGCACAUACGCUUUUAGAAUUGUAUUUAAGUUUUGAAGAUUUUUUAAAAUGUCAAGAAUAUGUAUUAGCAACCACUAUUUUUAGGUCAGUUGUAAAUCAGAAGUACUAUUGGUAAUUACAGUGUAAAAUUUUAGCUGUAUUUCAGUAGUGUAGAAACAUAUCUUACUGACUGAACUUAAAUGAAACUCUUAUAUUAGUCUUGCAGUAUUUUUGCACAAUAUAAUGAAUUGAUACUUUGAAAAGUUACCUUUAUUUUUUUGUUUGAAAAAAAUUGCCUUUGUUUUGACCUAUAUCACAUGUACAUCUAAAAUGAUGACAGUUAAUUUUGUAUUUAUUUUGCAGUAGGUAUUAUGUAAAUAUGCAGACAUUGAAUGUAAUAUGGAUUGUAUCUGCAGUGUUUUUGGGUUGAUACAGUUCCUAAAUAUGCCAAUUAUAUACUCUUGUACAUUUGUCUGAUUUUGAGCUUGUACAGUGUGGACUACUUUUUACACAUUUAAUAAAAAAAAAAUGG